AUGUUAUCCUUGACUCGUCCUCUUGACGUCCCAACACCCACGACAACCCCUGAGUCCUGCUCCCUCUGGGUCCUUCGCGUGCCGCCUCCAACCUCGCCUGGCUUUACUCUGCACCCCCAGUACCUCGACGUGAUGGCGCAGAAGCACCCGACCAAGUCCCGCGACGACAUCCAGAACGUCCUCUCCCUCUACCCUGCGCGCGUGGCCGCUGCGUACGAGCUCGCCAGGCAGACGUGCAUGGCCAAGGGUGCCGACGCCCUCGGUGGCGUUGGGGAGAAGAUUAUCGCCAGUGCGAAGGAGCACGGUGUCAUUCCUUGA